AUGGCUGCCACUACCGAGAAUCUCCCCCAGCUCAAAUCCGCCGUCGAUGGCCUUACUGAGAUGAGUGAGAAUGAGAGGAGCGGAUUCAUCAACCUCGUUUCACGCUACCUGAGGUCUGUUAUCGAAGUUCGUGAUGGUUUAACUUUUCUUGAUCUGAUCGUUAUCCAGAUUGAGAAUCUCAACAACAAGUAUGGGUGCAAGGUUCCGUUGGUUCUCAUGAACUCGUUUAAUACACAUGAUGACACACAAAAGAUUGUGGAAAAGUACACCAACUCAAAUGUUGACAUUCACACUUUUAACCAGAGCAAAUAUCCCCGUGUUGUGGCAGAUGAGUUUGUGCCAUGGCCCAGCAAGGGAAAGACCGACAAAGAUGGCUGGUACCCUCCCGGUCAUGGUGAUGUAUUCCCAUCACUCAUGAACAGUGGAAAGCUCGAUGCUUUCUUAUCACAGGGUAAGGAAUAUGUGUUCGUUGCCAAUUCAGACAACUUGGGUGCCAUCGUUGACUUAAAAAUCCUGAAGCACUUGAUCCUGAACAAGAACGAAUAUUGUAUGGAAGUUACACCCAAGACCUUAGCUGAUGUAAAGGGAGGAACUCUCAUUUCUUAUGAAGGGAAAGUUCAGCUUCUGGAGAUCGCCCAGGUUCCAGAUGAACAUCAUAUUUCAUUAGAGAUGUUGGGAAAGUUGGUCAAUGAGUUCAAAUCAAUUGAGAAGUUCAAGAUAUUCAACACAAACAACCUAUGGGUUAACUUGAAGGCUAUCAAAAAGCUUGUGGAAGCUGAUGCACUUAAAAUGGAGAUCAUUCCAAACCCAAAGGAAGUCGAUGGAGUUAAAGUUCUUCAAUUGGAAACUGCAGCAGGUGCUGCAAUAAGGUUCUUUGACAAUGCCAUCGGUGUUAAUGUACCUCGCUCACGGUUCUUGCCAGUGAAGGCAACUUCAGACUUGCUGCUCGUCCAGUCUGAUCUCUACACCCUAGUUGAUGGCUUCGUCACCCGAAACAGUGCUAGAACUAACCCCUCGAACCCGUCAAUUGAAUUGGGACCCGAGUUCAAAAAGGUGGCUAAUUUCUUGAGCCGUUUUAAGUCCAUCCCUAGUAUAGUCGAGCUCGACAGCCUUAAGGUGUCUGGUGAUGUGUCCUUUGGCUCUUCCGUUGUUCUCAAGGGCAAGGUGACUGUGACAGCAAAAUCUGGGGUAAAGGUGGAAAUCCCCGACGGUGCUGUGGUCGAGAACAAGGACAUCAAUGGUCCCGAGGACCUGUGA